AUGGCCUGGAGGGCAGCUCCUGGAGCCUGGACUCAUCUUUCUCUCUCCCCCUCCCUCUCUGCUCCCUCCCUUGGUCUGUGGCUGCAGGGCUCACAGUAUGAACUCAAGGACAACCCCGGGGUGCACCCUGCCACCUUCGCGGCCCACACGGCGCCGGCCUAUUACCCUUACGGGCAGUUCCAGUACGGGGACCCCGGGAGGCCCAAGAACGCCACGCGCGAGAGCACCAGCACGCUCAAGGCCUGGCUGAACGAGCACCGUAAGAACCCCUACCCCACCAAGGGCGAGAAGAUCAUGCUGGCCAUCAUCACCAAGAUGACGCUCACGCAGGUCUCCACCUGGUUCGCCAACGCGCGCCGGCGCCUCAAGAAGGAGAACAAGGUGACGUGGGGCGCGCGCAGCAAGGACCAGGAGGACGGCGCCCUCUUUGGCAGCGACACCGAGGGCGACCCCGAGAAGGCCGAGGACGACGAGGAGAUCGACCUGGAAAGCAUCGAUAUCGACAAGAUCGACGGACACGACGGCGACCAGAGCAACGAGGAUGACGAGGACAAGGCAGAGGCGCCGCGUGCGCCCGCCGGCCCCGUCCCGCUUGCCCGGGACCAAGGCUCGCCGUUGGCGGCCGUGGACGCGCUCAAGCCUCAGGACUCGCCUCUGGGCCUGGCCAAGGAGGGCCCGGAGCCCGGCAGCACGCGCCUGCUGAGCCCAGGCGCCGCGGCGGGCGGCCUUCAGGGCGCGCCGCACAGCAAGCCCAAGAUCUGGUCGCUGGCCGAGACGGCCACCAGCCCCGACGGCGCGCCCAAGGCCUCGCCGCCGCCGCCACCCGGAGGCCACCCGGUCGCGCAUGGGUCCCCGGCGGGAGCGCCGCUCCAGCACCCCGCCUUCCUGCCCAGCCACGGACUGUACACCUGCCACAUCGGCAAGUUCUCCAACUGGACCAAUGGCGCCUUCCUCGCGCAGGGCUCGCUGCUCAACAUGCGCUCCUUCCUGGGCGUCGGCUCGCCCCACACCGCGCCCCACGGCCCGCACCUGCCCGCGCCGCCGCCGCCGCAGCCACCAGUCGCCGUAGCCGCGGGGGCGCUGCAUGGCGAAAAGGCCUCGGCCCGCAGCAGCCCAACGCUCCCAGAGAGAGACCUAGUCCCCAGGCCAGACUCUCCGGCACAGCAGUUAAAAUCUCCUUUCCAGCCCGUGCGCGACAACUCGCUGGCCCCGCAGGAGGGAACGCCGCGGAUUCUAGCAGCCCUCCCUUCCGCCUGAUUAAGGGUCUUCUUUUACUUUUGCGGGGGGAGGGGGGAGCUGGGAAGGGAGGGAAUGAGGGAGAAAUUAAGACAAAUAUUUCAGACUGGUGUAAAGGACAGUUUUGGCCACGACGUCAACGACUCCCAUGCAUCGCUUUCUGCAGAGAGGGGCUCGUCCGGCCGGAGCGGGGUCCGCGCUGCCCCGACCCCGGCUCGGGGCGCACUCACAGCUCUCCGGUCGGUUCUGGGUAAAAGCCUCCACGCGCUGUGUCUCGUUUUCCUUCUUUCUUUCUGUAUAUAGAGUGAUUUCAGGUUGUAAAUAGCGCGUCAGCGAACUUGUCUAAAUCAUAUAUUUUUGUCUAAUAAACUAAGUGAAAUGA